AUUAUGCGGGGGGCGGUGUCGAGUUUUGCGCGUAGUCGGCUUUUUGCGGAAGUGGGAAGAGGAGAAGGCCGCGUUGCAUUAUUUAGGGAGUUUUAACUUUAUUACUAGGAUGGAUUAUAACUGAAAAGCUUCAAAGUACUCGGAUGGAUAUAAUUCUCCGCUUUGCGAGAAGAGGCUCGAGCGCGCACCUGUGUGUUUCUGCAGUGUAUUCUGUGCUUUGCUUGAUAGGAGACUCAGAAUCCAGUUCUAUUUUUGGCUUAUCAGUCACCAUGGAGGCACCUCCAGUCACCAUGAUGCCUGUCACUGGAGGCACCAUUAACAUGAUGGAAUACCUGCUGCAGGGAAGUGUUUUAGAUCAAAGCUUGGACAGCCUCAGCCACCGCCUUCGUGGUUUGUGUGAUAACAUGGAACCUGAGUCUUUCCUAGACCAUGAGAUGGUAUUCCUCCUUAAGGGCCAGCAGGCCAGCCCGUUUGUUCUAAGAGCCCGGCACUCUAUAGAUAGGACAGGGUCACCCUGGCAUCUGCGCUACCUGGGACAGCCGGAAAUGGGAGACAAGAACCGCCAUGCCCUGGUGCGAAACUGUGUGGACAUUGCAACAUCUGAGAACCUCACGGACUUCCUGAUGGAAAUGGGCUUCCGCAUGGACCAUGAGUAUGUCGCCAAGGGACAGUUGUUCCGUAAAGGCAUCAUGAAGAUUAUGGUGUACAAGAUCUUCCGAAUUCUGGUGCCAGGGAACACAGACAGCAUUGAGCCCUUGUCACUCUCCUACCUUGUGGAAUUAAGUGUUGUUGCACCAGCGGGACAAGACAUUGUCUCUGAUGACAUGAGGAACUUUGCUGAGCAGCUGAAACCUCUGGUUCACCUAGAGAAAAUAGACCCCAAAAGGCUCAUGUGACUAAGACAGUCCUUUCCCUAUUGGGGCUUGUUGUCACCUGUUACAAAGAAGAUGAUGUUACAAUUACCCUGUCUCACCACUGCCAGCCAGGCAUUCUUUCCUCAGGAAGGAGAACAGUGAGAACCUGGUUCUUUGCACUGUGUUCCUCGUGUGGCAAGUUCACUUUUGUGAGAGCCUUUCAAAAUUAAAGGCUCAGGAUAACAUGGAGAAUCUAUCUAAUCUCUGCAUAAAGAGGGAGAACUGGAGUGAAUCAGCUUUUGGAAAGAAAAAUCUUAUAGAUUGUUUUGCCAUUUGUGCGUAAGGUUUGUAAGAUAGAGGCUAUGAGCUUGUAUUGUGUGGUAACCAAGGCUGUGAAAAGAAAUGUCUGUAGUUUUGAUUAUUACUCUGCUAAUUUGGGGGUGGAUUCAUUACCAGUUAGAACAAAAAACCCCGACAGUUUUUAGUUUUAAUUUUGAUAGAGAUGAUAGUUUUUACUUUUAAUAAAAGCUUGUUGAAAAAUUUUUAAAUACAGAAAAAUUAAAAACCCUAUAAUCCUAUUAUUCAAAGAGACGUACCAUUUAUAUUUCAGUAUGUAUCCUUGUCUUUAGUUGUAAAUUUAGGUAUAUGAGAUUUUAUAGAAAUAUUCUGUAUAUACUGGGUUGUACCCUUUUUUGUUUAUCACUAACAUCUUUCUAGGGCAGUAGCUACAGUGUCCUUAUGUAAAAACAAACCAAAAAAAUGGGUUUAUUGAGUUCUUAUUAUGUCACUGCUAUCUUAAAUGCUUCAGGAAUGGUAAUUUACUUAAGCUUCACAACAGAACCAUUUUAUAAACAGGGAAAAUGAGGUACAGAGAGAUUAGCUUUCUCUGGGCUGCACAGCUACUAAUUAGAGCUGGCAUUUAAAUACUGAUGAUAUAAUUUUUAUUUGUAUUGUACCCAACAGCUUUUCCAUAAUUUAAUUGAUGCCCCUACUUUGGAAUUUUUAGUUUGAUCCCAAUGUUUUGCUUUUAUAAACAGUCCUGUAAUACUAUUGCUUUUAAUUGAAUCUUUGUUGACAUCUAUGAUUACUGUUUAGGAUAAGUUCUAGGGAACUGCUGAGUCAGAGUAUAUAUAUAUAUACACUAUUUUAAGACUUCUUCUGUGCAUUGCCAAAUGCCUUCCAGAAAUGUCCCAGUUUUCACUCCUACCAGCUGUAAGGUUUCCAACGCUGUUGCCAAAACUGGGUGUGACCAUGAAAAUUUGUGUUUCCCAUUUGAUGAUAGGUGGUUACUAGUUUUAAUUUUCUCUUGAAAACAUUCAUCAGUGAAUAUUUAAAAAUUUUUAAUUGGAUAUUUUUCUCCUACAUGAAUUCCCUUUUCUUCAUUGAUUGUUCAACUUUAUUAAUUAUUAAAGAGCCUUUACAUAAUUUUCCCAUCUAUCAUUUGACGUCUAAUAAAAUUUUUUAAAGUAA